UCAAAAAAAUGGUAAAAAAGUCAUAUGGGUACAGUGUUGCAUGACCGCGCAAUUGUCAUUCAAAGUGUGAUAGCGCUGAAAGCUGAAAAUUGGCCUGGACAGGAAGGGGGGGAAAGUGUCCGGACUGGAAGGGGGGAAAGUGUCCGGACUGGAAGGGGGGGAAAAAGUGUCCGGACUGGAAGGGGGGGAAAGUGUCCGGACUGGAAGGGGGGGAAAGUGUCCGGACUGGAAGGGGGGGAAAGUGUCCGGACUGGAAGGGGGGGAAAGUGUCCGGACUGGAAGGGGGGGAAAGUGGGACUGGAAGGAGGGGAAAGUGUCCGGACUGGAAGG